CUUGCGUUCUGCAAGAGUGGCAAACUUCAGAUGGAAGCGGCGAAUCAGCUCUGGAUGGCGAACGUGAUUAUGCCUUUUAUUUACUAAGCAAGUAUUUAAAAAUAUAACAUAAGUAUUUGCGAUUUCGAGUUUACAAGUCUUGCGAACGAUAAAUGGAGGACUCAACGAGCGAAAAUGCAUCGAGCAAUUCUAAUUCGGCUCCUCGUGGUGAGAGAAGAACUCGAGGCUCGAGGCAAAAGGCUGUGGAUAAUUUAAGCAAAAAGUUUCUGCGAAACUUCGAUCCAGAACACAGCGAACGAGAGAAACGUAAGUUGCAUCGUCGAUUGUAUCACAGUCACAGGAAGCAACUCUACGACGAGAAGGGUGUCUUCGUACGAACAUCGGACGAUGUUUGUGAUUGCUUGAAAUCAGAGUGUCCAGGAUGUCACUUUCCGUGUUCCAAGUGCUCUUCGCCAAAGUGCGGUCAUGAAUGCAGGAAUAAUCGCAAAUGGGCCUACGACACUAUUCAGUGUGAAGGAACUGAGAUUGUGAUAAAGAAUUCAUUAUUAAAAGAGUCUGCGGCAAAAUGAAAGAAUGAUGUAUAUAAUAAUCGAUCUCUAAGAGUUGCAAUUUAUAAAUGUCUGCAAUGAAAUAUCUCUUCGACAAAGGCUGAACUCUAAUUAUCUCUAAGGUGUAAUUAUAUGAUAAAUAAAAGUGAAUUUAUCAUAAGUUGGAAAUAUACUAUGUGCCACAAAAAUAGAGCUGAUGAUCCUUUAA